AUGUUCUUAUUAUUUACAGUGCGCAAUCCCCGUACCCUACGAAUAAUCCGGAACCUCAAACAAGAUAGUGAAUCUGAUACACAAAAUGAAAUACCUACGACUUCAACUUCCAUACAAUUCACUGAAAAGGAACAGCUCAUUUUAUCUCCCAAGCCUAACGAUAAUAUUGAAAAUAAAGAUUUAUCUAAUGUUAGUGAAGACUUUUGCUCAGAUGAUAGUGUGAAGGAUCCUGACUAUGUAGAUUUCGAUACACCCUGUUCUACAAAGAGGUCUCUUUUGAAAAAUAAAAGCCGAGAAGUUUUUAAAAAUUUGUUGAGUGGAGUAGAUUUAAAUGAAAAACAGUAUGACAAUUUCAGUAACGAUGUUUCCACCAUAAACCAAACAAGUUCACCUAUACCUAUGCCGAUAGCCCCCAUGCAAACAGAAUCUAGUAGCAGCUCAAGCGAUGGAUCUGGUUCCUCAGAUUCCGAGAGUUCAUCAGAUGAUGAAUUGAAUAAUGAACGUUUAACAGCAGUGGUUCAGUCUGGGGUAGACAAUAACAUAUUUCCUACAAGAGCUACCUGCAUCGAAGAUGAUAUUUCUCGCAAUGAUUCGAUUGAGCCAGUAGCUUCAACUUCUCGUUCUACACCUCCAACUUCUUUAGAACUUACUGCUGAUACCAAUUCUACACAUCUUGGUUGUAACGAUAAUAUCAGCUCAAGUAAAGGACGGAAAAGAAAAUCUACACCCAAUAACUGGUUGCGUAACAAGGCAAAAAUCCUAAGAAACUCUGGAUCUUCAACAACGAAUUCAACAUUAGCUUUUUCCAACCAAAAAAAGAUCAGUGUGAGGAUUGUACAUCAUACAGUAAUGCCACAAAAAACGAUAAGGUAG